AUGGAAGGCAAAAGAAGGUCAUAUCGUGGCCUAAAAAUCUGUUGUGGUAUCACUGCUAUUCUCACAGUCAUAAUAGCAGUAGUUCUUGUCAUCCUCUACUUCACAGUCUUUAAGCCUAAAGAACCUAACGUUAUCACUCGAUCAGUUGCCUUGGAAAACAUCAAGGUAGCGUGGCCACAGCUCUUUCUAAACAUUACAUUAGGUGUUGGAGUUAUAAUUGAUAACAAAAAUUAUGGAGGAUUCAAGUAUAGUAACAGUACAGCCUACGUCAGUUAUAGAGGAAAUGUAAUAGGUGAAGCUCCAGUUCCUGCUGAUACAGUUCCAGCUCGAAAGAAGCAUGAUACGAGUACUUCUGUCACUAUAUUUGCUAAUAAGUUGUUCGAAGAUGAUAAUUUCUUGCACGACUUUCUUAUAGUUGGGAUCUUGAACUUUACUGCAGCUUCAACGUUGCAUGGAAAAGCAAGCUUCUUAGAUUUGUUCAAGGUAGAAGCUACCAUUUUCACCACUUGUGACAUCUCUCUAUUUGUUGUGCCGCAACAUGCUCAAUCCUUCUGCAAGUCCAAGGUCAGCUUUUGA